UGAUGUAUUACUGACGUCACGACCUGCAGCGUCAUUGGAUGGUUCGCCAUGUUUGUGACAAACUGCUGGGCUUGAAGCUACACUGCAUGAAACAAGCAAAACCUAAGUAAGCCGCGCAUCUCUCACUCUUACUGACAUUUUGUGGCUGCACAAUUGAGAUUCCGAUGGAUAAAAUGUGGCGGAGAUGUACGAUGAACUGCGCAUGCCUUGUCAUCACCUGGCUUCUCUGUCAGACGGUGAACGGGAGGCGACUUAGAGAAGACUCAGUCCUCACCAUGAAAAUAGGACAAACAUCUAGAGAACCACCAAAUGCGAAAAGCAAGACUUUUUCCGAGGACAAAGCAACCCGUCUAAGUCAAGAAAAACUGAUUGAUACCAGAAACCUUCCACAUGAGAAAACUGAAGGACUCUCCACUGCAACCCAGACGCAGUCGGUACUGGAUGGUUUCUCAAGUCCAAAUAUCGCAUCUUCUAAACAAACUGGCAAGUCAGAAAGUCCUCCCAGUGCCCUUCCUGAGCGAAGGCCGUUAGUGGCACCCCCGCUGGAUAGUCGCUGGAUUCGCCCAACCACAGUGGUCCUACCCAAACACAAAGGGAGUUCGUCACGCUUGGAUUCCCUCCCAAAGAAUCGCGCAAAAUUCACGGAAACGAAGGCCCUAACGACACCCCCGAGAAAACAAAUGAAAGACGAGCUGAAAAUAGAGCUGAAAGUCUUUGAAUUCCCGUCGAUUAAACUGCAGUCGAGGACAUGGCUCCAGGAUGCACUUGGAAAGAGUAGUCCCUUGUUGCAAGAUAUCUUCUCGACUACGUGGAAGAACAUUCUAUCACCUCCGCAGGAGGAAAUGAGAAUAUUCGAUGGAUGGGAGUCUGGAGCCAGCAAAGCCAAUGCCAGGAGCUUUGACUCUGUUUUCUUUCCAGAAGACCUCGGUAAUGAACGACGCAUCCUUGACAAGGUCCUAAAUAACCCCAAACCUGAGCCCGAUUUCAUCAAGUCUUUUUUUCGGUUCAAGGCAGCUUCAAAACAAGACAAUGAUCUUCUGCCUUCGUUAGGGGAAGCUACAGAAAGCGUUCAAACUAACCUUUCCAGAUCCCACGGAUCUGGAGCUCAUGGUGGAUGGGUCCCGAAGUCCAGACGCAGGACGAGUAAGGGAACAUUUAAAUGACGAAGAAAACACAAAUAUUCUCUUAGCGAGUCAGCAAGAGCACUAUAAGAUAAAGCCAGACAUCAGUUCUGUGGGUGAUAUCGUUCAGAUCUUAAACAACGAACAACCUGCAGAAAAAAUGUUCACAGGAUCUGACACUUCGCUUGAUAGAUCGGACACACUUGAACAGCUUAUUAAUCUGCCUGAAAAAAUAUUCAAAAAUACUUUCGCCGUUCUGGAAGAUGAAGAACAAAAACCAAACACCAGCAACAUUUUUCCCGUCUGGUCCUUUCAGGGUUAUCUAGACGAUAAAUUCCGUUCACGUGAAGAAAGUGAGAAAAAUGUUGAUCAAACUGUGUUCGACAGAUUGAACGCGCUUCUUGAAGGCAAAUUGAUUUCACAAAUGUUUGGCCAGGAAGAAUCAAGAUCCAGUGCUGAGUCUCAGCAGAAUCGUCUCCGCCAUCGUCACCCUCGCAGUGUCCCCAGCCACUCCAUGCCUCAGGAUGACAAGAUUGUUGUCUACGUUCCACUCGGUCUGCCUGUUGGUCAGAAACUGUUAGACCCUACUCAUGCUAUGAAGGAAGCUCAUACCGACACGACUGUCUACUCUGUCGUUCCAGACCUGAGCGUGGUGAAAGUAAAUGAAAGAGGUGAACUGUUCUUGAAUGGAACAGGAGAUGUUGGAGCUGUUUACGAUUUUGUGAUCAGAGCUGUGCAAGGAACUGGUUCUGAACCUGAAACAAGACACGAGCAGCAGGUGCUCCUUCAUUUCCAAGACAACGAUGACGUCGUGGUGAGAUACGACAACGAGGCUCAGGUGUACAGACGGCCUGGAGCUUACGUCAUGCGCGUGAAGGUGCUCACCGUCAUACAAGAUCGCUGCAUUGAGAUUGUGGAGCCUGCCAUGAGAGACCUGUUUCUCGCAGAGCCGGAUGGGACAGUGCUUGUGAGGGCCAACGAAGAGCAACUGGAUAAAGACUUUUAUCACUUUCAUCUGCUCAUCAAAAACCGAGUAGACGAAACGAUUCUUGCCAAGCUGCCGAUUGUUGUUUACUUUCUCGACGAAGAAGCCUCUGUUGACAUCAAGCUGGAAGUGGUUGCUAAGAGUCAAAGAUUUCUUCUCGUCGGCCUUCUCAUCCUGAUGUCCAUCGUCAUUGUUGCCAUAGCCGGAGCUCUUCUCUUCAAGCGACUGAAAUUAGGGAAAGAAUCCAACAGAUACUCUACGGCAUAUGGUGGUGCAGUUGACUCGAUAAAAUCCAGCAACAUCAAUGACCGUGGAACUGCAUCAACAGGAACCAACUCCAAAACCUUGCAAGCGGAUGUGGCCACAACAGAAAGGAAAAACAGCAGCAAACCCUUCAUAGAUGAUGAACAUUGUUACGAAGAAGUCAACAGCCCUGAUAAAAAGAUGCUAAUAGUUUGAGCAGCAUGAACCAAUGAAAAACACACACGCACACUUCUGCAGACACAUAUAAAAACACACCCUCAGAUAUAAAAGUAUAUAAAAGCGCGUUUUUCUUUCUCAUACACACAUAUGCACACAUUCAGAGAAGAAGAAGACAGUUUAGAAACUAGAAUUAUCAAACUACUCACAGGCUCAACAUAUAUUCACACCUAACCCUAUUCCUCUAUAACCGAAGAAUGAUUAAUUAAAUAUUUUUGCUUCCUACUGUUUUUAGCUAAUGGCUGCCAUUAAUAAGAUCAUUUCUUUACGGCACAAAAGCACUCAACUGACUUAAUUUUAACUACCUGAAUAAUAACAAUGAACGAAGAUGACAAGUAUGUCAAUGCUUUAAAAGUGUCUGAAAGUGCAUAAUCAGGUAGCAUCAAGAUGUGAAAGAAGUUUUCAGAAAGACAAUCAUCCAAAAUAAUGUAUACUUCGUCAUAUUUAUGUUUUAUAUUUACUUAAAAUAUAAAAGAGCUUUUUCUAUAUGACUUAGGGAUCAGAUGAAUUUUAUUUCAUGGCUGUAUUUAGCACUUCAGCUGUGUUUUGACUUCUAACAUGGCAUUCCGGUUUAACUUGUAUAUUAUUUAAGUGAUACAGUUACUUUAUCAAAAGAAUCUAUAUCCAGUAAAUGUGUUAAUCUUAGUUUCGGGAGAGUGCUGGAAAAAUAAGAUUUACACAACAAACACAGCUAUUGUUGUGCUGAACGAAGUAUAAAGGUGUACAGACAAGUAAGCUUUUGCUUAAAUUUCAGUGAUCCAAUUAAUGGCUAAUUUCUUGUAGUAAGAUGCACCAAGUCUGUGUUUUAAUUAUUGUUGAACAUCUUUUAUUAUGUUUAGCAAAAGAAAAUAAAGUGCCUAUGUUUCAAAAUGCAUAA